AUGCCGUCCGCUACCUCGACACAGCUUUCUCAAUAUGUAUUUAGCAACGUUGGACCCAUGACCACUGUUUGGACACCGCCAGCAUCGUGUGCCACGCUGUCGCCCCAGCUCUAUAUCGCAUACAACGACUCUGGCCUCGUAUGGCCCCAAUGGGCUCAAAAAUGCGAAACCCGUAAUUAUGGAGACUGCUACCCUUCUGGCAAGGCCAUUGACACUGCAUGGUCUUCCGCCUUCAGUGCCAGCAACCUCGCCAAUGCAGGGACCAUCUACUACUUUUCACCAGCAAGCGCUUGCCCACAGGGUUACACGACUGCUGGGGUGGCCGCCAAGAACGGUGCUGGAGAUGUCAGCUCCUCUGGUGCGUUUGUGCCUCCGGUCGUCACCGACCCUUGGUACCAGGAUAUGCUGUCAUCGAACCCACCAAACAAUGUUUUGAUGGAGGCCCUCGGGGAUGGGGAAACGGCUGUUGUAUGCUGUCCCGAGGGAUACACAGCAGACGUCAUGGGCGGGGGUCGCUGCUACUCGAAUGUGCCUUCGUCACUCUUUGGAGAUCCGAUGACGGGGUGCAACUACGCGCAGUUGGCUACCGAGGACAAGUAUUACACAUUUGCGAACGCCACGUUCACUUACAACAACACAAUUGUUACCGCUGAGGUUCUUACUUACACUGGAACAUAUCCGCCGGACGACAGUUACUCGACUACCACAACGAUUUUCGACCGUGACCGUGACUACACGGACAUGUACGCUCCUAUCGCAGCAAGAGAAGGUGUUACCUUGGUGUACAGAGCGUCUGAUGUCACGGGCUCUACGACAGGCAGUGGCGCGGCUGGUCCCACGGAGACAGGCUCGAGCAGUGCCGCUGGCUUGAGAGUCACAACCUCUGGUGGCAGAGUCGGAAUGGUUGCCGCUGCUUGGACAUUCGCCGCCAUUGUGGGUGUAAUGUUAGGUAUGCCUUUUUGA